AUGGCUGUUCAUCAAUCAUGGUAUGAUGUGAGUGGAUUUCCUACCUUGAAGUUCUUCCCAAAGGGCAACAAAGCUGGUGAAGAGUACGGAGGUGGAAGAGACUUGGAUGACUUUGUGGCUUUUAUCAAUGAGAAAUCUGGAACAAGUCGAGAUGUAAAAGGACAACUUACUUCCCAAGCUGGUAUAGUAGAAAGCUUGGAUGUCUUGGUUAAGGAGUUUGUAGCUGCCAGCGAUGAAGAGAAGAAAUCCGUGUUUAUCCGAAUGGAAGAGGAAGUUGAGAAGCUGAAGGGUUCUGCCUCAAGGCACGGGAAGAUUUACUUGAAAGCUGCCAAGAAUUACUUGGAAAAAGGUUCUGAUUAUGCUAAGAAUGAAAUCCAGCGCCUACAGCGCAUACUUGACAAGUCCAUUAGUCCUGCGAAGGCCGACGAGUUAACUCUAAAGAAAAAUAUCUUGUCGACAUAUGCUGCUUGACUUUUUGGUGCAUCAUUAGCCAUCUCUCAUGGAAGCU